ACAUUUAAUGUUUCAUGCAUGUGUCUAAAAAUUCGAUGGGAUGGAUGAAAAAUUUUUGGGUGGGAAACUAAACAUGGCCUUAUUUUGCUACUGUGCUUUUGCUCAAAGUUUGACAAAUCUUUCCACAGCAAUGGAAUGAUACAAAUAGUCUUUUAAAGUGUGAAUGCUAGCAAUUUAUGUAGCAAUAUAGUUACUAUGCUGCUGUGUUGUUACUUGCUAUUAGUAGUAUUUUUCUAAGGAUACCCUCUGUUUUUAAAUAUAUGGCAACUUCGAUAUUUUCAAUUUGUUUGACUAUUUGUCUUAUCUAUACACUUUUGAGUGAAAGGACAUACAAGGUAUGCUCAAAGUUAUUUUGGUGACAGUUUUAGUGGUCAAAUAAUUGAAUGAAUUUUUUGGUCAAAGUUUGAGGGAAAAAAAAAAGAUCAACGAUACAUUGAACUCUAAAAAAACAAUGAUGCAAUGAAUCUUAAAACAAAAGGAGUAAUCCUGAGCUGAGAGUAUGAUAUCAACUUAUUAUUCUAAUCUUGAUAAAUGUACUAGAAUGAUUUAUUUUCUGGCAUGAAAGUGACCUCUUGCUAUCCUGUCUUCAGAAGCUAUUGGUUAGGACUGAAGAGGAGUAAAAUAAUAAUCUAGGUACUUGACAUUUCAUAUUCCAAACAAUAAAUUGAAAUAUCCUAAUCCCAUGGGCAUAACCAUAUAGGAAGUGUUUGGGAGACUGGUAGAGACAUUACCCUAGCCAAAUGAUUUAUCUCUUGCAAAUCAGAUUCAUUUCAUUCUAGCUGUAGUAUAUCUUUUGAAGAAACUGCUGCAAUUCCUUGAAAGAUGACGCUGUGGCAAGUGCUUCAGUGAAGUCACCACUCACCACGAGCAGGUUGGUUACUAUUGACUAUUCCCUUUUCAUCAUCUUGGGCAAUCUCAUUAUCAGAGAACUUAAGGCUUUUUUAUUUUGGUGUAUCUUGCUAAUCAUCAAGAAAGGAAUAUGUCGCCUAAAAAUCGUGAUUGGUGUCUCCCUAUGCAUACAUUGUUCGACCUCACUUAUGAGCUGCGACCUUUUCUUUUGUUGUUGGGGUAGUACUUUGAAAGUUCAAAUCCAACCAUAGAUUGUUUUUGUCUACGUUGAGCUUGCUGAAAUUCAUAUAUGUGCAGUAAAUUGUGUUCUGUACUGACCAUAGUUUACAAGUUCAUAUGAUGCUUCAUUUCACGUAUGAUGCAUGGUCAUACAUGAUGGCACUGAUACCCUUCCAUUUUAUAGCCACAUUAGGAAACAAUCUUUAAUCUUUUGAGCUCAGAAGUGUAGCUGGACAGAUGGUUAACUUCCGUAUAUACAGCUCCAUAUUUCCUUGCAAAAAUAUCUUGAUACUGGACAUAUAGUGCUGAUGAUUUUACUUGACACAGUAGAACCACAGAGGUCCAAAUAGGUUUGCUUGAUGAUUAUACUACGAUAUAGCUUUGGUGUUGUAGCACGUCAUAAGCAUGGACCCGCCUGGAAUUAUCAUGUUUUAGAUGGGAUCUUUACGAUGGAUACUGUAUGAGUCUUUGUUAUUGUUAUAAACUGAAAUUAUGCUAUUGGCGUGAACUGGAACUAAAUGAUUUCUGAAUUCUGACGAUAAGUUCCUCCUACUAGUUACUACUUGUCUGGCAGCUUCAUUUUCUGUUUCAUGAUGAGGUCUGGGAAUCACAUUGUCUGAUACUCUAGUGUCUCCAUGGAGUGUUGUGUGCAUGGCAACAUGGCAAGCCAUGACAUAAAGCAUUCGCCAAGCCCAAAACCAUACAAUAACCAUACGUACACCUCAUUUGAAUGAUAGAAAAGAUAAGAUGGUACGUAUGCCACGAUGACAAAGUGGCGUUGUUCAUAUGCCUAGCUUGCAAUCUAUAUAUAUAAGAAGUUAAGAACAACACGGUGAUCCGUUCACAAGUGUUUUUGCUAAGACGCUGAACUUCUCGGUUGGCUCGCAACUUUUCUUGUUUCAUGAUGAGGUCCGGCAAUCGCAUUGAGGCCUAUCGCUCUAUGGGCACUCGAGUGCUCUUUUGGUUCAGGUCAUGCAUGGAGCCGUACCACAAGGCAUUCGCUAAAAAAACAUAUAGAAAACCAUCAGAACAUCUUGUUCAGAUAAGAAUAAGAGAUAAACUGUACGUAAGCCAGCACGACAAAGUGAUAACAGCGAAUCUUGAUAACCCCGGUCUGUCUUUGUGCGCGCCGGGCACGCCACCACCAUAUCAUUCGCCCCUCUGUGCAGUGUACGACUCAGAUUUGAGAUGCGGUAACACAGGUAGCUCGCGAGUCUCUCGGAUCCCCUAUGCUACUCGAGUACAACGUACGCUGAUGCAGAUGAUCACGAACCGGCGCUGACGACGUUCGUUCUCCCAUCCGUUUAGCUGCGUACAGUAGCCUCCAUCAUACUACUGUACCAUAGGACUCGGCACACAGCGUGAUACGAAUCCUGGAGUGGAGACGCACGCAGCUCUCCGCCAAAAUACAGCUCGUUUUGCUGUGGCGGCAGCUGCAGACGAGCGCUACCUUACCAGCACGGGGAUCUCUGCCUCUGCGCGGUCAGACUGCCGCUGCACGUUUCACGCCUUGUUGGGGAGUGCGGCGUGGACAGUCGCAUCUUGUCUCGCCCGCUGUCUCUCCUCUCGUCUCGCCUCACCGCCCGUUACCCGCCACAGCCAGGGGCAGCGCGGCAGGGACAGCAGCCGCAUGCGUGCUCCCCGCGGACGACGAGACGAGUGCCGUUGGGCAGAGCGAUCAGCCAUUUUUAUCUAACAUCAGUCGGCACCUGCAUGCGGUGAAUAAUGGAGCGUGGGUCAGUGAGACGUGACAUGAUGAGCCAUGGAGAUCGAUGUUGAGGUAGGCGGCCGGAGAGCGGAGACAGACGGAGCGCAGGUCAGGCCUCUCAACAAUGAUGAUGGCUCCCUCCAAGCUUACACGUACGUUCCAUUCCAAUCCAGGCUCCGGCCGGCGAGAUGAGGCGCGCCAUCAACCUGGCUCCGGCCUCGAACCAGUCCCGAUCCCGAUUGAUCGAUCGGUAGCUUGUCCACAUCCAUGGGCAUCAUUCCCCGCCUAUGCAAGUCUACACGUACAGCGUCCUCGGUGUAACGAGCUGACGGUGCAAUGCAUGGCGCAUUUGGCGCAAGAUUAGCCUAGCGCUGUCAUGCCCACACCAGCAGCCGUAGCUGCAUGCUUUGCCCUUCCUGCGUGCUACUGCGUAUAGACACCCUGUUGCUGUCUCGCCGCCGGCAGGGCCGGAUCGCCUUUUGCCCUCGGCUUCCGUACCCUACCAGCACACAGCACACCGCGUCGUCACGUUCCCUUCUCCUCUUUUAAGCACCCUGCCUUUUUCUCCCCUCCACCGUUCCACCUCCGUUCUUCGAUCACUUCCCGGCCGGCUUGAGCUUUGCUUCCUCCACUCACCUGUCAGAGGAUUCCUAGCUCCCUUUAUGCUUCUCGACUUCUCGUUGCGCUGCGCCGCCGACAUGAUCUGAUCAGUUGAGUCCGUGACGACUGAGGUGAUAGCAAUAGGCAAGCUGCCGGUAAAGAUCGAUCGGAGAUGGCGGGCAGUGGUGGUGGCUCGCUGCUGCGCGGAUUCCUGUCCCUCUUCUUCCUCCUGUUCCUCCACAUUGGCCACGCCAGCUGCUGCUUCUCCCCCGGCGGCCCUGCCGCGCGGGCGCGGGAGGAGGACGAAGCAGCGGACGGCGAUGGCGAUGGGAAGGUAGGCGGCGGCGGAGGUGGGAGCAGCAAGAGGAGGAAGAUAUCGCCGUUGAUCUUCUCUCCGGCAGCGUCGUCCUCUGCCGUUACCAGCGAUAGCGUCCGAGGAGGAGCCCCGCGCAGGCACGUGUCGUCUCUCGCCACCAGCCUCCGGUUCUACCUCCACCGCAUCUUCUCCUCCUCCUCCUCCGGGUCCGGGGCCAAGAACGGCGGCACCGUCGCGGGCAGCAGGGAGGAAGAGGAGGCGGUGACCACCACCGUGUCUUCGCCGCUCGCGGCCCAGUCUCUGCCGCACCAGCCUUCGACGUCGGUGGUGCUGUCCACGCCGUCGUCACCGUGCGCGUCGUCGCCCUUCAUGUCGCCGCUCUCGGUGCGCUCCCUCAGCGCCACCCCCGUCCCGUCCUCGCCGCAGAAACUGCUGCAGGCGAGCAGGCAGUCGUCGCGGUCGUUCGCCGCCCGCGGCGACGUGUUCCCCUGCAAGGUGUGCGGCGAGGUGCUGGGCAGGCCGCACCUGCUGGAGCUCCACCAGGCGAUGAAGCACUCCCUGUCGGAGCUCACCCACCUGGACUCCAGCCUCAACAUCAUCCGCAUGAUCUUCCUCGCCGGGUGGAAGCCCGCCGCGGCGUCCGGCGCCGGCGCGGGCGAGGCCCCCGCGGUGCGCCGCAUCCUCAGGAUCCACCACAACCCGCGCGCGCUGGCCCGCUUCGAGGAGUACCGCGACCUCGUCCGCGCCCGUGCCGCCCGGCGCUGCGGCGACGAGGGCGCCGUCGUGGAGGAGCGCUGCAUCGCGGACGGCAACGAGCGCCUGCGGUUCCACUGCUCCACCAUGCUCUGCUCCCUGGGCGGCGGCGGCGUGUGCGGGAGCCCCUACUGCUGCGUGUGCAGCACCCUGCGGCACGGCUUCGCGGGCAAGCAGGCCGACGUGGACGGCAUCGCCACCUACGCCUCCGCGUGGGCCGCGCACGCGUCCCUGCCGGGCGACGUGGAGCGCGAGUUCGCCUUCCUCCAGGUGCGCCGAGCCAUGCUGGUGUGCCGCGUCGUGGCGGGCCGCGUCGCCCGAGGCCCCGCGGACGACAAGGUGGCCUACGACUCCAUGGUCCCCGUGCGCGGCGGCGUCAGCAGCGCUGUCGGGGCCGACGACGUCGAGCUGCUGGUGUACAACCCCAGAGCAGUGCUCCCGUGCUUCGUCAUCCUCUACAGCAGCAGCUAGUCGUCGUCAGCCAGCACGAGGCGGGCCAGCCUGCACGCAGUACUAGUGUAUAGCCUUUCCACUGUUCCUUGCAUCCCCACCGUUUGGUGGCUGCGCCAGCGCCGCCGCUGUGGUCACCGGGCACGCACCGUGGCGCUCUGGAGUUUCUGUUGGAUCGUGCAAUGCAAUCAACAGUGGCCGAUGCCGUCGUCUAAUAUAUGCCGGAUCCGAUCGAAAGCUUGAUAGGGUGGGUAGCCAAGUGCUGUGAAUCGUGAUGAUACAAAGUUGAGCCUACCAUAUGCGAAUGGGACGCGCCAGAACCAUAAUGUUAUUAAGUUAUUAU